AUGUUUCAGUUCGGAUCCCCUUUUCCUUCCGAUCAUCUUUAUUGUCGUCAUUUUUCUUCAGUGAAGGAAGGAAAACUGCAAACAACAUUAUCGGAGAAUAAAGUCGAUAAAAAUCAACGCGAAAAAGGUAAACAUAAAAAAAUAUGCUACGAUUGUUUGUUUUAUGGUGUGCAGCAGCGUUGCUUUCGUGUGAUGAUGAAGCAAUGUAAAGGGGAUGAGAUGGAAAAUUCAUCAGAUCAGGAUGGCGCACAGCAUACGGAUCAAUUCACAACCAUUGAGGAUAAUGAUGGGUUCAAAGGACAACAACGAUGA